AUGGAUAUUGUUCAAACUUUGGCCAUUUAUCAAUACAUUUCUCGCAAAUAUCUAUCGAAAGAUAUGGAUGAAGUGACCAAUGUUCAUCUUGAUAUAAUGAUGAAUGGAUGGAACGAUUUGCUUCUCUUGUAUUACAAGCAUGCUUUUCAAGACAAAACGGGUCUUCCGGAAUUCUUAUCUAUUUCAAGAAAGAAGCAUCUGACAAACUUGGAAAACCUGUAUAUUCGUUAUGGAAAACGAUUUAUGGUUUCGGAUGUUCCCACAAUUGCAGAUGCUUUUGCUUAUUCUACCGUGAUUGACAUGGAGCGCAAAUGCGAAGAUUCGCUUGAAGGAUUCCCUACUCUGAAGAAAUGGAGAGCUGAUUUUGAGAGUUUGGAUGAAGUGAAGGCUUAUUUGGCUUUAUGA